ACAAGCCCUAAAGAGUAAGGAGAAAGGGAAGAAAACCACAUGGAAGAGUCGAGGAGCCUCUUCUUUACUUGUUGAUCACUGAGAAAGAAAAAACUGUUUGAAGGAUAACAUUCUUGAGUCCUCACUCCAAAUACCUAUACACAGAGAACAAGACUCCCUCUCUCUCUCUCUUUCUCCCUCCAUAUUUGCAAAAGUCCACCAUGGUCACAGCUCAAUUUUCUAAUUUCUCUUGAUUUCUCUCUCUAAGAAACUACCUUGGAAAUCAAAGGAAAAUGUGCAUGGGCUUUUCUUUCUCAAGCUAAUUCCACCAUUUUCCUUUGAAAUAACCUGGAAAAUGGAAGGAAAAGGAUCGUGGGUUUUCCAUUCUGAAUCUAAUUUCACCUUUUUCAUUUGGAAACCACAUGGGAUUCGAAAGAAAAUGCUUGUGGGUUUUUCAUUCUCAUGCUAAUUUCACCUGUUUUCCUUUGGAGUAAUGUGCGAAAUGAAAGGAAACUUUUUAUGGAUCUUUCAUUCUCAGGCAAUAAAAUUGAAACAUCCAAUUCCUACCUGCACUCUCAACCAACUAAACCAAAUCCAUGCCCACCUCCUUAAGACCCACAAACCACCGUUGAUCUUUAACACUCUCCUUCCAUCACUCUCCCCUCAGGAUGCCCUCCUCCUCUACAACCAGAUGGUGCUCCACCGUACAUCCCACAACCACUUUACCUUCACCCAUGCCCUCAUUGCUUCCUCCUCACUUCAUGCACUCCACAAGACACUUGAAAUUCAUGCACGUGCCAUAAAAUCUGGACACUAUUCUGAUAUUUUCAUUCAGAAUACCCUACUUCAUUCAUAUGUAGUUGAAAAUAACAUUGUUUUUGCUAAGAGCGUUUUCAAAUCAAUCUCCUCUCCCGAUGUGGUUUCUUGGACUUCAAUCAUUUCUGGGCUUUCUAAGUGUGGUUUUGACGAGGAAGCCAUUGGCGAGUUUUUGUCCAUGGAUGUGAAGCCUAAUACUAGCACACUUGUUAGUGUCGUAUCUGCUUGUUGUGGUUUGAGAGCUGUUAGGUUUGGUAAAGCUAUUCAUGGGUAUAGUUUGAGGAGCAUGGAUGGGGAUAACAUCAUUUUGGAUAAUGCAUUGCUGGAUUUCUAUGUCAAGUGUGGGUAUUUGGUGAGUGCAAAGUACUUGUUUAUGAAAAUGUUUAGGAGGGAUGUGAUUUCUUGGACUACAAUGGUUGGUGGUCUGGCACAAGGUGGGUUAUGUGAAGAGGCGGUUGAGGUUUUUCAAGCCAUGGUAAAAGGUGGAGAAGCUGUGCCUAAUGAGGUCACUCUAGUCAAUGUAUUGACAGCAUGUUCUUCCCUUAGUGCAUUGAAUUUGGGUCGAUGGGUGCACUCAUAUAUUAGUACUAGGUAUGAUCUUGUGGUGGAUGGUAAUGUGGGAAAUGCUUUAAUCAAUAUGUAUGCUAAAUGCAGUGACAUGUAUAUGGCUGUUAGGGUGUUCAAUGAGCUUACCCACAAAGAUAUGAUAUCAUGGAGUACCAUCAUUGGUGGCAUGGCCAUGAACGGGCAUGGUAUGCAUGCUUUGCAGUUCUUCUCGCUUAUGUUGGUUCAUGGGGUUUCUCCGGAUGAUGUAACCUUUAUCGGCUUGUUAUCUGCAUGCAGCCAUGCUGGGCUUGUUGAACAAGGGUUAAUUUUCUUUAAAGCCAUGAACGAUGUUUAUGGUAUUGCACCUCAAAUGCAGCAUUAUGCUUGCAUGGUUGAUUUGUAUGGUAGAGCAGGGCUCUUGGAGGAAGCAGAGGCUUUUAUUAGAGGAAUGCCCAUGGAAGCUGAGGGCCCCAUUUGGGGAGCACUACUCAAUGCUUGCAAGAUUCAUGGGAAUGAAAAGAUGUUUGGGCGGAUCAACCAAAGCCUUCGUAAUGCUAAAGGAGUAAGCAUUGGAACUCUUGCUUUACUAUCAAAUACCUAUGCUAGUUCUAAUAGAUGGGAUGAUGCUAAUAAGGUUCGUGAUAUGAUGAGAGAUAUGGGAUUAAAAAAGAUGUCAGGAUGUAGCUGGAUUGAGGUUGAUGCAAUGAUUAAUAGAUAUGAUGGAGCCAAUAGAAGCUUUGCAUUUGCUGGCAAGUAGUAGACUUCUUUAUCAUUAUUGGUUAACUGGUGACCUGAUCAAAUAUAAGUCAGUUGUUAUCUCAUGGCCAUUUUGGUUAUAAGAAAUAUAUCACCACAACAUGGUAGUUGGAAUCUCCCUGUUUUAGUAUGGUUUUUCUUACUCCAGUGGUAGGCCAUUUUGCACAAAGAGGGUUUUUUGAAGAUGCAGCUGAGGUCUUUUCAGGAGAUGAUUCAAGGAAGAGAUGAAAAGCCUAAUGAGGUCUCUCUAAUCAAUGUAUUGAUGGCAAGUCCUAUGCUUUUGGUGCCUUAGGCCAGAGGGGAAAUUCAUACAUCCAGCAACAUGAGCUCAUAGUGGACUUGAUGAUAUGAAAACAAUUCAACCAAAAUUUAAGCUGUGUGGUGACAAGGUCAUGGUUUUUUAGGAUUUUAAUAUGCUUACAUGCAACAAUAUAGUGGGCCAGCAAUGAAUGACUAUGGCAUGCAUGUUGUCAACCUUUUCUUACUCUUAUUAGGUCAAGAGUUCUCCCUGAUAUUGCAACAUUCAUUGGUUUGUUUUCUGCAUCCAGUCACAAAGAGCUGGUUGAACAAGGAUUUGUGUUCCUUGGAGCCACAAAUGAUGAUGGAAUCAUGCCCAAAAUUCAGCAUUAUGCUUGUGUGGUUGAUAUUUAUGGUCAAGCAGGACUUUGUUAACACUUUUGAUUUCAAAAUAAGGCAUAACAUGGAAAAUGGUUCUCCACUUAA